UGAGUAUAGUGUAGAGUAGCCUGCCGCCCGCCGAUCGAAGACGGGGCUCUCUCUUCCGCCUCGUAAGUUAGUUUAAAUCGAAGAACCGGGCGGUACAUCGGAAAACGCGAAUUCGGGUAGUGAGUUGAACGUGAUCGGGACACGGUGCGGUGGUGAAAGGUGAUCCUUGAUCAUGAACGCAUGCUGCUAGAACCGAAUGAACGAGCAUGACAGUCAAAGUGAGGUUUGGCGAACGGGAACUACUGCUGCAGAACCGCCGUAAACAGCGACUCCAACAGCUGAACGAAAUCCGACACAGUCACAACAUGCGGCUGCUGGUGUCGGUACUAAUCGCUCUCACCUUCUUGGUUAUGGGAGUAAUUGGCUACAUGGUCAACUCGGUAUUCGGAGCCAUGUUUUCAAACGGGAAUGAAUCCUCUUCGGAAGGACUGCUGUAUCCUCGCGAAUCGGAAACGCGAGAGGUCAAGAGGCUUGACGGAAUGUGGAACUUUGUCCGGUCGGAUAGUAACAACCCCUCGCAGGGCCUACGGGAGAAGUGGUUCAGUGACGAUUUGAGUAAAUUUAAGCCCACCAUUCAAUUGCCGGUUCCUAGUAGUUAUAAUGACCUAACGGAGGACGCCUCGCUGAGAGACCACGUGGGGACGGUGUGGUACGAUCGGAAAUUCUUUGUGCCAAAGUCGUGGGGUAGCCAGGAGCAGCGGGUGUUCGUGCGGUUCGGAUCGGUGCACUACGAUUCAAUAGUGUGGAUCAACGGGGUGCAAGUGGCAAAGCACGAAAUCGGUCAUCUUCCGUUCGAGGCGGACAUCUCGACGGAACUGAAGUACGGAGCGGAGAACCGGAUCACGGUGCUGUGCGAUAACGUGCUGCUGCAGGUGACGGUGCCGCAGGGCAAGGUGCUCAAUCAACCGGUGGACGGUGGAGUUGAGCUGGUGCAGACCUAUACGUUCGACUUCUUCAACUAUGCCGGUAUUCACCGGUCGGUGAUGUUGUACACCGUUCCGCGGGUGUUCAUCCGUGACGUUGCGGUCAGCACGGACUUGGUGGAUGACGAAGGUCACAUCUACUAUAAUGUGAAGAGCAAUUUGAACUUUAAUAAUCACGGUCUUCAGGCGACAGUGAAAAUUUUUGAUAAGAAUGGAACUGUAGUGGCGACGGACAGCACAGCUGGGUCAGAACUGAAGGGGGUAGUUUUAGUGAAAAAUGUGAAACCAUGGUGGCCAUAUUUGAUGCAUGAGGAGCCGGGAUAUUUGUACGAUAUGGAGGUGACGUUGGAGGGGAAAAGUAACGAGGCUUCGGAGCCCCUGGGGGAUAUUUACGAUGUGUACAGAUUGAAGGUCGGCAUAAGGACGCUGGAGUGGAACAAUACAUCGUUGCUGAUCAAUGGUCGGCCUAUUUACUUCCGCGGGUUUGGAAGGCAUGAGGAUUCUGAUCUUCGUGGGAAAGGUCUCGACUACGCUCUACUGACAAAGGAUUUCAAUCUACUUAAGUGGGUAGGCGCAAACGCGUAUCGAACGUCGCACUAUCCGUAUUCAGAAGAAAGUAUGCAAUUCGCCGACGAGCAUGGAAUUAUGAUAAUUGAUGAAUGCCCUAGCGUAGAUACCGAAAAUUAUUCCCAAAUUCUACUGGAAAAGCACAAGUCCAGUAUCGAGCAGCUGAUCCACCGAGACCGCAACCAUCCCAGUGUGGUAAUGUGGUCUAUUGCGAAUGAGCCUCGCACCGGGCUAUUCGCGGCGGAUGCGUAUUUCGAAGCCGUUGCCAAGUACACUAAACAACUGGACCCUACACGACCAGUAACGGCAGCUAUCGCCGUGGGAGUUAACGAUGAUCGAGCGGCAAAGCACCUCGAUAUUGUCAGUUUCAACCGCUACAACGGCUGGUACUCGAAUUCCGGGAAGCUGAAUAUGAUAACGAAUCGAGUUGUUGAGGAGGCUCAAUCGUGGAAUUCCAAACAUAACAAACCCGUACUGAUGUCGGAAUACGGAGCCGACACGAUGGAGGGAUUGCACAUGCUACCCGCCUACAUUUGGUCCGAGGACUACCAAUCGCAAGUCUUCAGUCGGCAUUUCCGCGCCUUCGACAGCCUGCGCAAGCAGCACUUUUUCAUCGGAGAGUUCGUGUGGAACUUUGCCGACUUCAAGACGGCUCAAACGUACACCCGCGUCGGGGGCAACAAGAAGGGCAUUUUUACCCGCAACCGCCAACCGAAGGCUGCGGCAUAUUUGCUGAGACAACGCUAUCACGCUCUGGCCGAGGAGCUUGAUAAGAGUGCACUGCCGGACGAUCUCUUCCUAUACGCGGCCGAGAAAAAGGACUCGAGUCAGACCGCCAAAAUUGAGCUGUGAGAAAAGGAAUCAACGUGCUAGUGGCGGUGCUCAGGAACUUCUUCAACACAUACUGCGUGGACGGCUUUACUUUUUACUGUAGGAAUCUUAUGCGAUGCGUAUUAGUUUAGUAUUAGUUAUUUGUACAAAGGUAUAUUUAGUUGAAAAAUAAACAAAGUUUUGUGAGGGUGAGUCUUUUAACAAAUA